AAAUAAAUUUUUCUCAUCUUUAAUAAAUUAUAAUUGAUUGCAUAUGCACUUUCAAAAUGCAGAAAUUGAAGGAAUAUCCAUUAUAAAUUUAUAACGCUAGGAGAACAUUGUUCAUUCACUCUUGAUAUCGAUAAGUUCAUGUUUUUAUUACUUCAUGAUUGCAUCAGGUGAUGCAAAGCAGUGCAAAGCAUAUAAACAACAACGAUAGAACGACGCUUUUAGCGUUUCUCGAACGCAGAAUUUUUAUCGUCGGAUUGUCAAUAUUCACACUCCUAUUAUUCGCUCCUACCGAUUGACACAGCUUUCCAGCGUUUCCCCGGCAGGAACAAGAAAAGUGUGCACAAUAAUUUGCCAAGGAUAUAGAAGAACGUAUACAAAAAGGCACGCGGUAUAAAAUGAAGACGGACACCAACGAUCCUUGGUGCGGAACAGCUGAGCGAACGGCAAUCGACGACAAUACACCGAACGAUCGUUUCGAGGACUCUUUCCUGGAUAAGGAUCAUCAACGAUUGUCCGAUUCAGAGCAGUAUCUGCAGAAACUAUAUUCUAGAUUAAAAGUCCUUCAAGGAGGUACAACAAAAAAGGAUCUUAUAACAUCGCUGUCGAUAGCAAAGGAGGAUUCCAUUGCACGUUUAAUUACUUCUGGAAAUAAUCCCCAGUCUGAGGAAGAAGCUGAACUGGCAUCAAAUCCUCUGAUACGACAUAUAGCUCCACAUUUACAAGCAUUAACAGCCAGUGAAUUAGUACAUCUGUUGAAGGCAGAUGUACUACAAGCAACCACUGAAAUCGAGCAACAGAAUAUUACGGAAGAAAUACAAACAAAUCAACUGUUGACAGAACAUAUCUACAAAUUGAAAGACUAUAAUUAA